AUGAGUGUAGCAUUCUUUUUGAAUUUUGCCACUUCGAUGAAUGAUGUGGAAGAAUCCAAUUCUAAGUUUAAGGAGUUAGAUGAAUUUUUCCGCAUACUAUCAGAUGACCUUCCUGAAACAAAAGAAGUUAGCAUUCCAUUUUUAGAAGAUAUAAUUGUUCAUUUCCAAAAAUUUACAUUAUUUCCAAAACAACUGAUAAUGAGGCUUAAUUUCAUGAAAUUCGAAAGUGCAUGUACAUCAAUUAUGAACUUCAUUAUCAAAAACUAUCAUCUUCGCUCUACUUGUCGACUUUUCAUUAAAACUUUCUUCGAAUUUAUAGGAAGAAGGAGUAGUGUUGAUGUAUUACAAUUAGAAACUAAUCUUAUUCUUUCAUUGCAAAAGGAUUUUAAAAUUGUUCCGACUUGCGAAACAGAUGAAAUCAAAUUAGACGAUUCUUCACUUCAAAACGCGCCAAUUGCUAUAGUAGAUAUGUUAGAAUUAUAUUUAAAUCGCUUUACAAUUAGAAAUCCUAAUGCUUAUAAAGCAAUUUCAAAUUUAUUAAUCUCAAAUUUACCAGAAAUUGAUAAAUUCCAGAUUCUUCGAUGCUUUUCACUAUUGUCACCAUCAAGAGCUACUGAUUCAUGGGUCAUGAUCAUCGCUUUAAUAUAUUUUAUUAUUGAUCAGAUCAAAUCAAACAAUUUAAGUAUUUUCGAUGACAAAAAUAACAAUGUUGAUAAAUUAUGUUCAACAGCAUUUAAGAAUGCAACGUAUCUUCUACACAAAUCCAUAUUAUUAAAUAUAAGUCAAAAUAUUAUUCAAUACAUCACAUUAUUUCGAUCAAUAUCCAAGAAAGCACCAUUAUUUCUUGAGCAGUAUUUCAAAAUAAUCCAGUUAUUUACAGAAUCCGACCUUUCAAACAGUGAUCUUGUUGAAGAGGUCAUUUUUCAGAAUUUUCCUUAUUUCUGUUAUUAUCAGAACUUCUUAAUUGCAUGCAAAAGUUUAAUUUCAAGAAGUAGAUCAUUUUUUGACAGAUUAAUUAAAUUUUAUAAUUCAAUCAAACAAAAAUGUCUGAAAUUAUGUGUAGAAAUGGCCUUAUUGAAGCUUAGUCCACAAAAUGCUAAAUAUAUCAAUGUAGAUGAUGUAGAAUCCUGUAUCCAUUUAUCUUUAAUUGCUCCAGAUUCAAAAUUUACUGAUAUUGUUGACAAAAAUAGUGAAAUUGCUUUCUCUUGA